AUGUCGAGCGACAAAAUCAGCGCCGAUCACCUGGAAUUCACUCCAGUCCCCGAGCAUGAAGCCCAGCUCACAGGCGCAAUCGCCCUGGCCGGUCUCUUCAGCAACUGCGUCGAAGCGUUUGGCCUCAUCCACCCACAGCAUCGAUUCGACAAGGAAGAGCAGCUCUUGCUCACCAGAUUGGGCCUACAGCAGGCCCGACUGCUAAUCUGGGGCUCUUGUUUGGGAAUCUCCUCUCCACCAGCUUCCGUCACCAAUCAUGCUAUCCCGAAGCAUCCCUCAAUGGUAUACCCCGAUCUCAAGGAGCCGACCUUCUUCGAUCCCCGUGACGCUAGGCUAGACGAACCAGUCUUGCGGACGACAAUCGAGAGCACCUUGAGCACUAUUGUAGACCGUUCGGCUGGACAUUCGCGCGAGGAUAUGAUGGCCAAGUUUGGACUGAAGCCGCCCAAGAAAUUUGUACCCCAGUACGCCAACACGUUGGACAUGACUCGGCUCGAGUCGUUCAGAGAAAAGUACGAGUUACUCCGCGAAGUUGCCGAAUCCUUUGCGCACAUCAAUACCAGAAGGACGAGAUCGAUUGUUCAUCAGCCAUGGAUGAUUGCAGACUGCAAGAAGUUCGCCAACUUCGUGUCUGCAACCCAAGAAAAGGUGGACUACUUGAUUGAGCUCAUGGGAGUGCAAGAUCGCGUCAACCUCUCAAUGAGGAUGGAUAUCCGAGCCUUUGGCUGGCACUUUUCCGAAGACAGAUCGAUCAUCUCGCAAGACGUGUCAAAGUUGAAUCUCUUGCGACAGAUUUGCACGCCGGACUAUCCGGAAUACCUCGUUGCGAUACAGCAAGCAUUGGACAACAUCAGUCGUGAAUCUCGAGAGAACAACGCUGCGGCCGUUCAACGACUUGUUGAAAAGACCGCUUUCGCGCCAGAACCGACGGUCAUUCAUGCGACUGUCAAGCACAAAGGGCGGCCAGGCCUUUUCAAGAUGUUCAAGUCGUUUGGUAAGCCGCGGGGUGGAGUAAGCGUCAGCCGGCCUUCGACGCCGCCGCCCAAGGAGACUGGACCAGAGAGAUCCAAGUCCGAUGCAGGCCCUUCUGUGAUUGGCAACGCAGGCUCUUCAGGGGUAGGAGAUGGUGCUGCAUUGGGACGCACCAGGUCCAAGAGUGUUCCAAGCGUUCCCGUACCAAUUCUCGCCGAUGAUCUCAUCUACAAGCUGGAGAAACUUGCCACGAAUACGUCGACGAUCGACGGACCUCAAGUCGGUCCUACAAUCAGCCGGCACGAUCAAUAUCACGGAAUAUCGAGGACCCCAACAAAGGAUCUACACCAAGGAGACUAUUGA